UAGUAGCGAAUAUUAUAAGAAAGUAUCAAAACCAAAAACAACCAUUAAUAUUAACAAUAUGCAAAAAGAAUUAGCUAAUAAAAAAUCAACUUUAUCUGAAUCAAACAUACCACAGCAAUUAAUACAUCAUAAAACUGAAUAUAAAGUUGCUAACUGGGUUGCCUCACGACCAUCAAUUUUAAAUCAUGCACAAUUAAUUUACAAGUCUAAAAAACGAUCUAUUAGUCAAGUUGAUGAUGAUAGUGCCAAAGAGAAAGAAACUAUUAUAAUAACUACUAUUGAAGAUCGUGUUUAUAAAGAAUUACGAGCAUUAUUUUUACGAACACGAAAUAAUACCACUGAACUUUAUGAAGAACUAACUGCUUGA